GUCAUAAUGCUGACGUUUUCUUCCUAGCCAUUUAUCGCUGAACUCAAGGCCUGAGCAGCAUGAAGGAUGAGAUAAUGUCUUUGGUGCAGACGUCUUGGUGAAGCAGGGGCUGGAUAGUGUGACAGACAGAGAGUGCGCAUCUUUUAAACACGGCACUAGAGAGAGGAGCAGCAGGCAGCACGGGAGCAAACAAUCCGUGAUGGAUCUUUACUUCAGAGGCACCACGUGGAUGAUACUCUUGCUCUUUACGAUUCCAGACUUUACCCACAGCAGUUCUUGCCCCAGCAGCUGCCGAUGCAGCCCUCAAGGCGCUGCCAUGUGUAUUGGCUCCACCAUCACCGAUAUACCGCCUCUGCCUCUCCACACAUACCUGCUGCAGCUCAGUGUUACAAACAUGAAUGUCCUAAAUGAGCGAAGUUUAGCAAAUCUGGACCUCCUGCUGCGUUUCAGUCUCAUAAAGAGUCAUCUACACACCGUCCAUCCUCGGGCUUUCCUCGUAGCUCCCCAGCUCAAGUCUGUCAAGCUGUCAUCUAACGAUCUCUCGACCCUUCCUCCUCGAGUGUUCAGUCCACUUGCUACUCUUGAGCAGCUGCAUCUAGAUGGGAACCAGUUUGAGAACAUUCAUCCAGAUAUGUUUGAAGGACUGGGCGGGUUGCAGGAUCUGGACCUAAGCCGCAACAAACUCAGGAGUCUUGAUUCAGACAUAUUUGAAGGACUGACCAACCUCACCUUUCUGAAUCUUGGAAGGAACUUCAUAAAGAAGCUUCCUCCUACCAUCUUUCACUCCUUGACUAAACUUCAGCAGCUUAUACUCUAUUACAAUGAACUAGAAUUUCUAGAAGCUGGCAUCUUUGACAAACUCAUCAACCUUGUGGAACUAAAACUCCAUCAAAACCAGAUUGCCAGCCUUCCAUCUAAAGUCUUCUGGCCUCUGGGGAACCUGAAAAACCUGACCUUAUCCUCCAACCAACUUCAGGCCAUCCCAGAAAAGAGCUUUUACAACAUGCCAAAGUUGGUCAAACUCACCAUUUACAAGAAUCCACUAUUAUCUCUGCCAGAUGAGCUGAUGGGUCACAUGCCCGACAUGACAGAGUUUUAUCUAUAUGCCACCAACCUCAUCACGGUUCCUGGAAAUUUGUUCGCUAACAUGUCUGGGCUGCUUAUGCUGAACUUCCAUUUAAAUGACAAUCUGAGGGACCUUCCACCAGAUGUUUUCUGCUGUCUUCCAAACCUUCAGAAGCUCUCGCUAAAAUCCAACAACCUCCAUUAUCUUCAUCCCCAGCUAUUCUCCAAACUAACCACCCUGAAGAAACUUCACCUCAAUGAUAAUAAGUUGUAUGGCCUACCAGAAGGUAUCUUUAAGGGUCUUGGAGAGAUUCUUGAAAUUUUAUUGAACAAUAACAACCUUAGCAGUCUUCCAGGAGAUAUUUUCGUGUCUCUUCCAGCUUUGAUGAAUCUGACUCUGAGUGGAAACCCCUGGCAUUGUAAUUGUGCUAUCAGAGGCAUUGCAAGAUGGUUGAGACACAAUGAGCAUGUGCUUUGGGACAGAGAUGACGUGAUGUGUCACACUCCAGUCUACCAGCUGCUGCGUACCGUUGGCUCGCUGCGUGAUGAAGAGUUCAGCUUUUGCAGUGCUACAACAGCCAAGAGUUUUCCUCUACAAGAUUUGAACCGGUCACCAACACAACCACUCCACAUGUUGUCAACCUCUGGACAAACAUCAGCUUUAACUUCCAUAACCACACCCCCCACAAUGGCUGCUCAAUCUAAGGACGCGGCUAUCCAAACCACUCAAGGAGCUACCCAAAAAGUCCCUGACAAAAUAACCACUCAGACUGUAAAAGCAACCACAUCAGAUGAUACAACACUCUCAGCAUCACUUUCCACUGAACUUAUUGGUAAAUUUGCUCGGAACAUGUCACCUCCUUUUUAUGGCAUAUUGGUGAUAGAACCGGGGCCUGAGUUUGUCCACCAUAGCCAUCAGAAAGGCUGGGUGUAUGUGUGGUUUCUGCCCUCACACACGGCUUUGGCUGGGUUCCUCAUGUUCUCUCACAUCCUUCUACUAGCUGCAGGGUUGUCGCUUAUUCUUGCUACCAUGUAUGGCAUGUAUCGCCUCCACAAGGCCAUGUAUAAGCUAAAGGCUGAGUGUGCUCGUAAUGAGGCGGCAAUAAUGGAGCUGCCAAUGACACUUCCUGUACUCCUACUUCUCAUGGCCCUCAGUGUUGUCUGGGCGUGUCCGGAUGGAUGCCAAUGUAGAGAAAGCACAGUCCAGUGCAUUGGCCUGUCAAACUUCCCCAUGCCGCUGCCGUCAUCUACCACCAAACUCUAUUUUUCAAAAUGCAGUUUUAACUCUCUGGAGCCAGAACACAUGAUGAAUUCGUUGGAUUUGUUGCUGAUUAAAGAAUCUCUUUUGAGGGAAGUGCGCCCUGGCACAUUUGAUUCAACACCACAUAUCGGGUCCUUAGCGUUAACUGGUACCCAACUGCAGGAUCUGCCAGAAGCCUUGUUGAAAAAUCUGCAGAAACUUGAGACUCUGACACUAAGCAUCAACAAGCUCUUAGUACUUCGCCCUCAGUGGUUUUCCCUGUUGACCGAGCUUAGAAGACUUGACCUUAGUAAGAAUCUUUUCACUGCAGUACCUGUGGAAACUUUUCAUCCACUGAAACAGCUGAGCUACCUUUCCCUUUCUGGUAACAAAAUUAGUCAGCUAUCUAGAGAAACCUUCAAGGGUCUUUCUCAGAUCAUAACUUUACGCCUUAAUAAAAACAUGCUACAGGAGCUUCAAGCUGGUACUUUGGAUGACCUUGUAAACCUGGGAGAGCUGUCACUACAAGACAAUCAAAUCACUCACCUCCACCGUGACCUGUUCUCCAAGACUCCAAAACUCCAGAAGCUGUUUCUCUCCAACAACAAGAUCACAUCUCUCCCAGAAGGGAUCUUCCUAAACUUGCCAAAUCUUUCCCAGAUCUCCCUGUAUGAAAACCAGCUGGAGACUCUGGGGCCAAGGGUGUUUGGGCCCAUGGCCCUUCAGGAGUUGUGGCUGUAUGACAACAAGCUGAGUCGUGUGGAAGAUGACACGUUCAGGAACCUGACUCAGUUACGCCUCCUGGUCCUCAGUCGUAACCGGAUUAGUUAUGUAUCCACAGGUGCAUUUAGAGGAUUGGAACAGCUGGGAGAGGUAUCCUUGCACACCAAUCUGAUCACGACCCUGCAAGCUGGGACUUUCCAGGUGCUACCUAGACUGGUCAACAUUUCUCUGGAACACAACUUCAUCAAGUCCCUCCCACGUGGUUUCCUCCAGGGUCUGACCCACCUGGGACAGAUAGACCUGCGAAACAAUUCCCUCCCUAACCUACCACAGGAGAGUUUAGAUGCCCUCACUGCAUCAAAGGAAGUACUCCUCCAGCAAAAUCCCUGGAGGUGUGACAAGGAUAUUCUGCCACUUAGGGACUGGUUGAAGCAGCACCCAUCAAAGGCCAACCAAAGCCUUGUGGUCUGUGACACUCCUUCCAGUCUGAAUGGCGAGAUGAUUGCUUUGCUGGCAGAUGAGAACCUGGUAUCUCUCAGCUCUACUCAGGAGCCUGUGCUGACCUCAACAGAGAAGAGGAGGAGGCCACAUACACCUCCAGCCAAAAGAAGCACUCCCUCACCUGCUGUCAAGACGACCCCCACCUCAGAGUAUGAAGAGGUAACCAGCAGUGGACAAGGGAAUAAUGGAACCAUUUCUCGUGAUAUUUCAAUCACCCUAAUUGUCAUCGCAGUAGUGUGCACCGUCAUCAUCAGCACUGUAAUUAUCAGCUGUAUUUGCUGGAGGAGAAAUAAGAGUGGCAAAGGGAAUAUAGGCCGUAGGAGUACGAACUCUGUGCUGUAGACUGCAAUUCAAACAAAGCACACUAAGAACUUUUAAAGGGCGACUUUGAAGAGUUGGUAAUCGAGCCUCAAAGGCACCAGAAAGUUCAGACCUUUCAGUGUCAUUCAUCAGAUUUACCCCUCAGUGUGUCCUCCUGACUGUGCUUCUUUGAGAAAAGAGAUGCCAUCUUAAAUACUAACUGUAACAACAAACGCCUUAACAACUUUUGGCCAACCUGGACAUAUUUGUGAAUGUAAACUGAAACAUGCUUCGCUGUUGAGUUAACCCCCCCAACGACUGUUUUUCAUUAACAAUUGUUGCAGCUUGACGGCUGAUUUUGUGCUAACAACCCAACAUUUAGCAAACAGUUAAGAUAAGAUAAGAUAAGAUAACCUUUAUUAGUCCCACACGUGGGAAAUUUGUUUUGAACUUCUUUGCAAAAGGGUUACAAUAUACAUACAAAAGAUGUAAUAUGGAGUUUACUAUACUAUACAUCACGCUUCAAUAGCCUGAAUAAAUGCAACACUUCUAGUGAGAGCAUGUGCACACUGUGUCUCUUAUUUACUGAGCUUCACCAUUCAUACUAGGUUUGACAAGUCUGACAUUAUUUAUAUAAAUAUAUGGUAUCACAUUGUUUCAUGUUUGAAUUCUUCUGAAAAUGAUUUUAAACACAUGAAAGUUUUCAGCAUGACACUGACAUAGUGGGUUGUACAUUUAAUAAAAUGUA